CGGAAGAAUUAAAGAUAGCAAAACAACUUUUACAAGUUCAAGGUAAAACGUUAGAAAAAAUAAUUGUUGACAGUCCACCAUAUUCGAAUGAUCAACCAGAUGGUAGAUUUCAUGAUGAAACUGAUUUAAUUCAUGAUCUAACAGAUGAACUUAUUACACCAAAUCUACGCGAGUUAAUUCUGAAUGCCCGUUUACCUAUUGUCAGCAUUUGGGAUGAGAAAUCAAGACAAAUUAUUAGAAAAGUUGCAAUUGAUGUUGGUCCUCAAUCACAAAAACAUUUAAAAGUGCGUAUUUGGUGGUGUUGUGGCCGUAAAUAUAAACAGUAUAGUUUAGAACAGUUGUACAUUAAUGAUAAUAUUAUUAAUAAAGUUAUAUCCAAAUUACCAAAACUAUUGUCAAUUGAUUUAGAAGGUCAUCUAGAAUUUUCUGAC